AUGACAGAAGGACACAAAGAAAGUGUAGACGAGAACCCAUACAAGGAAGACCCAAUUGACUGCUACAAGGAGGAACAUGAGGAACACGAGAAAAACGAGUUGGACAAGUACCUAAUAAAAGUGGGAGACAUUACUGCAAAGAGUAACUUCAUUGAAAAGAAAGGUUUUUGCAAAUCCAAGUAUGACCUUGUCAUGGCAGAUUCAAAUUCAACGACGACGGAGGAAGUUUCUUGUCCUUUCCCCCUCGAGGGGAAGGGCUACGAUAAGGACACUAUGCAAAUUUCGGAGGAAGGAGAGUACGGGAAUGCUUUCCAGGACCUUCUGCUGGAUGAUCAACAAUCCACCAAAGUUGGAAAUGGGGAAAGUAGCGGCAGGAGUGGUAGCAGCAGCGGAAGGAGUUCCGGGGGAAGAAGCGAAGGAGGAGGCACCGGAAACGGUAGCGUGAGUAGUAGCAUCGGCAAAAACGCUUGGCCUGUGGGAAAUGCCACGGAGAGUGCGCGCAAAAUGGACGCACCGAAAUUUUCUGACGAUAAAGAUUUAUACCCAGUUGCAAACGGCAAACUGACAAGAAGUAGCGAACCUUUUUUAAUUAGCACAAAUGAAAUGAGUAAAGGGAAGGAGAACCAGUGCGAUAAUUUAUCCGCCGUUAAGACCCCCACGAAUGGUAGCAUUGCCGACCAGACGAAUGGGACGUUGAACGAUUAUGCAUCUGUGCAAAGUGGAAAAGAAAACGAACACAAUAACCACAGUCCGAGGCAGAAUACACACGUGACGGAGUUGCCAAAUGAAGGCACCAAUUCGUUACGCCAACAUGUCUACCCGUCGUACGUCUCGAAUCCAAUGAACCCUGUGAACAGUAGGAAUAAUGCCCUCCAUAUGUUUAACGGGCCCACUACGGUCACAACAGUUGGAGGACAGAAAAACCUUGGACCAGAGGGAGAUUAUACGAGGAUGAUCCUUCGAGGAAAUAGCAACCAUACCAAUUGUGUGCAUAAGAGUGGAAAUAAAAAUGGCCUUAACGUUUUGCACUUGAAGAAUGGGGGCCGGUGUGCUGCACAUGGGGUGAGUCAGGAAAGCAGGGGGGGAAGCCCCUCCGUGGGAAGUGCUGUCAAAGUGAUUAGAGGAACGACCGAUCUGGAAAGGUUCGUUGGAAGCGUGAAUAGUGGGAGAAGCAUAAACGGAGUGAUAAAUCAGGAAGUGACUCAAAACGGAGAAAUCGUGAGAAAUGUGCACAGCGUGAGAAGUGCCAGCAGCUGGAGAGGCACCAAAGGGGGUACGCACAGCUUGGCCUUCAACGGAGUAGGCAAUAAUUUGCGGAACGUUAGUCGGACGGAAAAUUUGAAAAGUUCAAGUAGGCAGAACAGCGGCAUGUACCACCUGAGUGUAAGGAUGAACAAGCUGAGGAGUAGUACGGCUGUGUUCAGUGACCCGGGGGAGGCGCCCCCCCUGUUGGCCGUGAAGACAAUGCCACCAGUGCAGGUAGUACCGUCAGUACAGACAAUUACACCAGUACAGGUAAUACCGACAGUACAGACAGUGCCACCAGUACAGGUAAUACCGACCGUUCAAACAGUGCCACUCUUGCAUGGUACACACCCAAUCCAUGCAAACGCGCCAAGCACCCCCAAGAACCCCGUCCAUCUGCUGGAAGGGAACCUAAAUUACAACCCCAAAGUUGAGGAUAAAAAGAAACUAACCAAUGUAAGUGGGGGAGACGUAAAACUUGCAGCGAUGACGAAUCCCCAUGUGAAGAGCAGCGUGGAGAACGCAAACGUGAGGUUGAAUUUGAGCAGGCCUCUGAUUAGAGGCAGUUUAGGUGGUGGCCAUGCGGUGGUGGAUUCGUUUAGGGAAAGCCCCCAUCGCGUAGGCAGAAAUCUCAACCUUAUAGGCGUGAGUUUCGACAGGGACAUCGGUCCGCACUUCCAGGGGGUGGUGAUCGGUCCCAGUGGCGGCCGCGUCCCAUGCAGUGCGAUACCCAUCCGAGGAGACCCUACAAGAGGCAUCUUCCACGGAGGUAUCAACGGAGGUGUCAGCGUAAACGUGAACGUACCGUUUAGUGGACCAUUUAGUGGAAUCGUUGGUAGGGACUUCCCCGUGCACACGUGCAAAGGAGGAGGGGGGAUAAAAAGCCCAAGCGACACCGGCUGCGGUGGUUCCGAUAGUUACGGUAGUUGCGCUACUUGCGCUACUUGCGGGAUGGUCAUGUUGAAAAAUCUGUCUAGCAGACAGAGAGGUUUAACCGGGCCAUAUAAAAAAGUAAAUGAAGAAACAUGCAACAUGCUAAAAGGUAUGGUACGGAGGAGGCAUUUCAUUGGCUACAAUCAAAUGAACAACUGGAUUGGUCCUUUGGAGAGCAAAUGUCGGGGGAAGAUUGAUUGGAUGGGACCAUCCGCAGCGUCCUCCCGGAGGAGUAGUGGCAUAUUCAAGCCAAACGAAAAGGUCAACAAGGAAAAGGAAAUGCAGCUACUAGAUAUAAUGAUUAAGGAAGCAAAUAAAACACUGAGUGAAAAAAAAAAAAAAAACCAAUUAACCAAAUUUGAAAUAAAAGCCUUCCUUCUUAACACAUUGAAGGCCAUAGGAAUUGUACAAGCCAAGUGGAAGCUCAAGGACUUUGGGAUGCAUUUCUGGUUCCACAUCAAGUCUAUCGAAAAGGAAAGGGACCUCAAUUUUUAUGUAAAGUUUUUCGAUUCCCUCUUUCAAAUAAUCACAGGGAAAGGAAUUCAUUUCCAACCAAACGACGUAAACUUGCUUGUCAAUCUUUUCAAGGAGUUCCAUAUCUACGACUGUAAAAAUAUUUUCAGGACAAGUUUAAAAGUACUGAACCGGUACGCCAAGAGGAACUUCAAGGACUUUUCCAUUCUGGACAAUGCAGAGGACAUCCUGGAUGUGAACAAGGCGCUGUUGCAAGGAAUGGAGGGGGAGACAGGAGGAGGAGGCGCUGACACACCCACCUCUGUUGAUAUCACUCCCGUUGAUGCCGCCGGAGGGGAUACCAGUGCUGGCACACCCAGUCGAGCCCCCCCGAGUAGUAACAACUUCUUUGACUUCCUAUUCAGUUCGAUCAAAGAAAAUCACGACGCGCUGCAGAAAGUGGGGCAGGAGAAGUUGUACCUCUCGAACAUAUUUGCCAAUUUUAACGAGUUGAACUAUGGCCAACUGUUUCAUUUGUUCAUGAGGAAAUGA